AUGUAGCGAGUUUUUUUGGCGAGAUUUCAUGGAGUGCGGACGGCGUCUUAUUUCAAUUAUUCUUAAAUUCGUUCAUAGUGGAUAUUGUGAAAUAAAAUUGGUGUGAUUUUGUGUAACAACCGUUUGCGCAAUUGAAGAAUUAGUGGAAUCUUCAAAAUAUACGCUAUUCUGGUCAAGUAGACGUGAGAAUUUUAUUGUAGUAUUGACUACCUCACAGAAGCUUAUCGAAAAAGCCAACUCGAUAUAUUUCAUGCCAAACACUAAGAAGCAUUAGAAUGCGUCACACCGACGUUCUAAUGUAAAAAUAAAAACAGAAUAAUUUAACUUAAGACUAGGCUGUAUGGGCAUUGUUCCCCUUGCCUUCCCUGAAAAGGGAGAAUUUAACAAAAAAGAACUGUCUGUUCUAAAAACAGCAAUUUGUUUGCGACAGUGCAGUGCAGUGGUUGCAAAAUUAAUUUUUAUAAAAAUGUUUCGUAAUCGCUGUAUCUUUAAUUCAAAACGUUUUUCUUUGCGUAGUGUCAAUAGCAUCCGAAAACAGUCAUUUUUGACGAAUGAUUACAAGUGCCAUGAAGCCUGGAAGGAACAAACUUUUUCUCCUUUGGUUGAUAAAAUAAAUCUUAACGAUUUUUAUAACAAAAUAGACACGAAUCACUCUUCAAAAGGAGUAAUAAGUGCAAUUGAUGUUGAUAUUUUUGCUCAUGCAGUAAGAGAAUCAGUGCACCUAGACGAACUGCGGGACUUACUUCAUAGACUAAGACUUUCGGCAGAAACCGGUAACAUGUUGGAAUCAACACAUCAUGCUACAGUCAGGAAUUUUAUGGAAUAUGGAAAUAUUCAAGAGCUUAUUCACAUUUUAAAAGAUCCUUUGAACUUUGGGCUAUUUCUUGAUGAAUUCUCUGCUAAUAUUAUGCUGAAUAAACUAAUUACAACUUCAGAAUAUGAGCAAGCUGCUAAUGUUGCUGCUUUAAUAAUGUUACAAGAAGAUUAUAAUAAUGAUAUCACAUGUUCUUUAUGUUUGUAUGCUUGCUUUAAAUUUAUUAUUGGCUACACAAAGCCAGUCGACUCAGAAAUUAAAAUUGAGAAAAAACAGAAAGUUGAAGAAAUUAAAAUAAGAGUAAAGUUCCUAAGAAAUCCAUAUUUUGAUGACCACUUUGACAUUGAUGAUAUUUAUUUAUUAUCUGGCAAAUCCUUGGCUUGGUUAUCAGAAAAAAAAUCGGGGAAUUUAAAUAUUAAUUUGCAAAUUAUAGGAUGGCUUUGUUAUAAAAAAUAUGAUAAAUUACUAAGAGUAUGUGAGAGUUUUUCAAAGGAACAAUCAGCAAUGAUCUAUACUGAAGUUAUAAACUUAAUGAACAAAGAGAUCAACAAUGUAAAUGAAGAUCUUAAAACUACAUUAAAAAAAUCUUUGUCUUUACUGAGUCCAAUGAAUUUAGCUAAAGAACCUAUGGAAGAGGCGAUCAAAAUUAUGAUAGAAAAUUCAAUAAACAGAGUUCAAAAGAAAGAUAUUAAAAAGCAGCUGGAGUUAUUUCAGUUUUGGACAGAUAUCAGGAAACAAAAACUAGCUGAACAAACCAAUCGUUUGGAUAGAGCCAAACGCAUUGAGUUAAUUGAUCAAAAACAAAGAAGUCUUAAGGACGAGGAACAGAAGUUAUGGUUCUUUGAUAAUGAGGACAGUAUUGAUCUAGAAAUUGAAGAAAAAGAUAAAACUGCUGAAAUCAUUCCCACCAAGAAAACAAAUUCAAAAAUAGUUGAUGAAGAUUAUAUUCCUCCAGAAAUCCUGCCAAACCGAAGAUAAAACUAGAAAGGAGAUAAUAGAAUAAAAUGCAGUUGUUU